AUUAAACCAAAGAAGAAGGAAAGGAAGCGGAAGUCUGGAGGUGAUGCAGGAGGCCUCCGGCGAGUGAAGCUUCAUAGUUCGGUCAGGGUUAAACCUGAGGAGCAUGUUUUCUGUGAGUGUCCUGCGGAGGCUCCGGCCCUGUUGUGGGGCUCCUGCCUCCAGCCUGCUCCACACUGCAGCGGCUCACAGGGCGCCGCUUCCCGUGGACUGUUCCCGAGGACAGGGGGGGCCGGACAUAAGGUCGUUCCUCCACCGACACAACACGGCGCAGUUCUGCAGUGUGUCUUCCCGCUGUCUCUCCACAGCGACACACUCUGAGGACGGACACCUCAUCUACUCUGGCAACCUGGGCACUGCUGUUCGAGGGGUGAAGCUGUUUUCUUACAGUUCCAGCGGGGCCAGCCUCCUCCUCAUGCCUCAGAUCCUCAUGAAGACCGGGUUGGGGGUCCAGAGCCUCGCCCUACAGGCUGCAUUCUGUGGAGUCGUGGGAUUUUUCACCUUCAUCACCCCGGUCGUCCUCCACUUCAUCAGCAAGGGCUAUGUGAUCCGCCUGUACCACAACCCAAACAGAGACACGUACACCGCUAUCACCUGCAGCCUAUUCCUCACGGAGAAGAGGAGCGUGUUUUACCAGAGGCAGGUCAGGAUCCCAGCCGUCAGCCAGAUGUUCACCACCUUCUACGCUGGUGACACAGGGUUGCUGGUUAACCCGGACAUGUUCCCCAUUCCACAUGACUACAACCACCUGAUGGGCUAUGAUAAGCCCUUUAGCUUCAGCACAGAGGAUGUAGGUCGACCUGACCACAGCUGAGGCAGCUUAGUGUUGGUCCACAACUCCAAACUGCACCGUAUAUUUACCCACAAAAUUGACAGAAUUAUUUUCUCAUUUUAGUUUUUUUGUCAAUAUUUUGAGGAUGUUUCAUGUUAAUAAAUUAUAAAGUCUGUUUGAAACACUUUCCCUUUGUGUGUCUCUACAAUUGUGUCAUGACUGUGCACAUUCAAAUGAUUAAAGACAAAUUCUAACUUGU